GUCAAGGGUAGAGGAAAUGCUGUUAAAGCACGUUUUUCUAUAAAUUAACUACGAUUGUUUUGUUAUAGCGAGAAACGUCCAUCUACGAAGAAAGUAGUAUUAAUAUAUAGUUCACUUCAAACCCAAAGAGGCCGCUCCAAUGUUGUCACACACGUCAAUUCACCCACAGGUGUUUGCUGCACUCACCCAGCUGUCGUCCAUCUACCAUGGAAUAAGAACACUUUCCCAGAACCCGCUUGACCGACGAGGUCACCGAACAAAGUCAGCUGACCCUGCGUCCUGCACAGAAUCAACAUCUACAGAAUCGGCUCCUUUGCCCUUGCCAUGUGAAGCUGAUAUUUCACGGAUCCUAUCGGCCGUUGCGCCCACUGGACUGAAUCCUAUCCUGUUACCGCUGGCUACAUCUGGUAGCAGUGACGCCCCCUGGAGGCAAACACAUGUGUCAGCUAACAGUUUCUUUGAAAACAAAAAUGGUUUUCCCGAGCGCCACCUGACCACCGAUUUUCAGGCUCUUACCACUGGCUUUGAAAGGAUUUUAGGACGAAGAAAUGUGCAGAGAUUGUUGCUGCAGAGUUAUUAUACUGCAGUGUCGCAGCCUGUCCGGGGAUUUAAAACAGAAAGAGCUGACAAAAGUCAUGGAAUUGGUGCAGAAAAGACAUCAAUGAUCGAUGAUCUUAAAAGUUCUAUGUUCUCCAAGCUGUUCGCGGUGGAGAAGGAGUCUCUGCAGACGUCUAAGUUCCAGAAGCUGUACGGGGCCGCGCAGGAAGCCAACCCGGAGCUGCAGGAGAAGCUGAAGAUCGCGUUCGCUGAGGGUUACCAGGCCAACCAGAAGACGGACCGUGUGGCGCUGAAGACGACGCUAUUGACAAAGACGCUGCGCAUAUUUCUCUUCCUGCUGCUUGCCUGGCUCUUCGUACAGGUUGUGCAGAUCUUCACCGCAGUCGGUGGAGGAGUUCGAGGGUUUGGAGUUUUGAACAGAGACCAGUUUGAAGUGAACCCGGAAGAAAUCAGUGUCACGUUCAAUGAUGUUAAAGGGGCUGACGAAGCGAAGCAGGAGUUGCAGGAUAUUGUACAGUUCCUGAGUGACCCGGAGAAGUUCACGUCCCUCGGAGCCAAACUGCCAAAAGGUGUUUUGCUGGUUGGGCCUCCAGGAAUUGGUAAAACGCUUCUUGCUAGAGCUGUGGCAGGUGAAGCGGGAGUUCCAUUUUUCCAUGCAUCCGGCUCCGAGUUUGACGAAAUCUUUGUGGGCACCGGAGCCAAGAGAGUUCGACAGAUGUUUGCAUCUGCCAAGAUGCGUGCGCCGUGUGUGAUAUUCAUAGACGAGAUCGACUCGGUGGGUGCCAAGCGAACAAGCUCACAGAUCCACCCAUAUGCCAACCAAACCAUCAACCAGCUGCUGUCAGAGAUGGAUGGCUUUACUCAGAACGAAGGCGUCAUUGUGCUCGGAGCAACGAACAGAAAAGACAACUUAGACCAAGCGUUGCUACGACCAGGCCGGUUUGAUGUUGAGGUUCGCGUGUUUCCGCCAGACGUUAAAGGAAGAAAAGACAUCCUCGAGCUGUACCUCUCCAAAGUGAAGUUUGAUGAAUCUGUGGACAUAUCCAAGCUGGCGCACGGUACGACUGGAUUCACUGGAGCGGAUCUCGAGAACAUGGUCAACCAGGCGGCACUGAAAGCGGCCAUGGAUGAGGCGGACACGGUCAGCAUGGAACACAUGGAGUUUGCACGGGACAAAGUGUUGAUGGGUCCUGCGAAGAUGUCGAAAGUGAUCGAUAAGGAGACGAACCUGCUGACAGCGUACCACGAAGCGGGUCACACGCUGGUGGCUCACUUCACGCGCGACGCCAUCCCACUCCACAAGGUCACCAUCAUCCCACGCGGAAUGUCGCUUGGGCAUACAGCGUUUAUUGAGGACAAGGAAGUGUUCAACAAGACCAAAUCUCAGCUCAAUGCACAGAUGGACAUUGCGAUGGGCGGAAGAGUGGCCGAGGAGAUCGUGUACGGCGCAGACAAAGUCACUACAGGAGCUUCUGAUGAUUUCAAGAUGGCCACUCAGAUUGCUACAGCGAUGGUGAAACAAUUUGGCAUGUCGGAGAAAAUUGGUCAGCGUGUGCUGGACAGCAGUGAGUUUGACAGUGGUUUGUCGAUGGUCAAAGUGAACGAUAUCAGCCCCACGCUCCAAGAGUUAGUGGAUUCAGAAAUCAAACGAAUGCUGCAGGAAUCGUACGAAAGAGCACGAAAGAUUCUGCAGAAUCACAGUUCCGAACAUCGCGCCCUCGCUCAGGCCUUGAUGGAGUACGAAACACUGAACAAACAGGAAAUAGCCACCAUCAUUGAGGGCAAGAAACUGCCACGAUCCUUGUGACCACGGAUUGGUCGGGUUUAGAUUGCGUACAAAAAACAAGACUCACAUUACUUUCCAAGUUGUAUAUAGUCCAAAUGUACACUGUAACAGUUGCAAGAUUGGCUUUAGUCAGAACAUCUGGUUUCUAGAAUGUAUAAAGUAAAGGUGUUACUUUCCAAAUUGUAUAUAGUCUAAACAUAUGCUGUAACAGUUGCAGGAUUGGAUUUAGUCAAAAAAUCCGGUUAAUAGAAUGUUUCAGGUUGAAUGGUUGGCCCAAACAAGCGGUUAAUAGAAACACGACAUUACUUAACAAAUUGUAUAUAGUCAAAGCAUAUGCUGUAAUGGUUGCAAGAUUGCAUUUAGUCAAAACAUCUGUGUUCUAGAAUGUUUCAAGUUAAAAGUUUUGGCCAAAACAUCUGGUUUUUAGAAUGUUUCAAGGCAAAAGUCUUGACUAAAAAAUCUGGGUUUCUAGAAUGUAUGUUUCUAGAAAGUGACGAGUUCUGGCCAGAACAUUAGGAGCCAGAUUUACAAAGCUCGUUUUUACUCUACAGGUAUGUAACUAUAUAUAUUAACAAUGCUUAAACACCUGUAUUUAAGAGAAACGGGCUUCAUAAAUUGCACCCCUGGGUUUUUAGGAUAUGUUGGAUAAGGCUGUCUGGUCUUUUGUUUACAAACUUAAAAUAGUCCACACUUGAAAAUCCAGACUGCUCUUUGUGUGAGAGAAACUUUAAUUAAGUCUUAAGUCUAGAUAUUAUUAUUAAUGUUUGUUAAGUAUGGGGCCUAGCUUCAAGAGUGUGAUUUCUAGCCAUUUAAAAUGUCUGGUUUCUAGAAUUUUACAAUAUUCAGUUUCUAGAAUUUUAAAAGUUUUGGGUUCUAGGAUUUUAAUGUGUCUGAUUUGUAUAAUUUCAACAUAUUUUGUUUUCUUGAAUUUUCAAAUACUGUACUAAAUUACUGUACUAAUAUUCCAUUACAUUCUAGUUAGCUAACUUAUCUGGCUUUUAGAGUCUGGUUCCAAAUACACAGAACAUAUUUAGUGCAGCCGGAAUAUUUGUUUCUAUUAUGUUGUAUCGAAACAUCUCGUUCCAAAAGAUUGUCUACUUGGAACAUUAGUCAGAUAUAAAAUUUUGUUUUAUGUUGACUUUUAAAAAUAUUUUUAUGUUCAUAAAUUUAUAAGAAUUUCUUUGAGUGCAGGUUUUUUAAGGCUUGUCUAGAAUCCAAGAUUGAUGUUAUUUAGUAUAUAACAUGUAUUAAUUAUUUUUUAUGUACA